CUAUUUUCGUCCGAUGCCACUGUUUUAAUCAUUCCUUUUUUACUAUCCAGCUCUUUUCUUUCCACCGUGACACCUUUUUUUCUCCUCUGUACUCUUCGAACCGGAAACCUCAACAUCUCCUGCGCCUCCCUCAUCUACCGUAAUCAUGGGCUACCUCCUCUACUCCCUCAGUUUCUGUGCCCUCGUCUUCGCAACUGCCCUGUACUUCACCCGCCAACGCUGGCUCCACCUCCUCCCCAUCCCUGAGCCCAUCUACACCCGCCUCCCCACCUCCUUCCGCGACGACAUUGAAGCCGGUCUCACCUCCUCGGCCUUCGACCUCAGCGCAAACGUCGAAUCCGGCGAUUCGCGCCAGGGUCUCGACGAUGCGGGGAAGCGCGAAGUGCAGACCAUUAUGAAACGGCGGGGCGUCGACUUCGACGAGGCCAGGCGCAUUUACAUGCAGAACCGUUUCAAGAACAAUAACAUCGGUCCUGACGGUAUACCGCGGGAUCCAAAGUUUGUGAGCUUUUCGUAGGCGUUGUUACGACGGCCAUAAGGGAUGGUAAUAGAUUUGAGGGAAGAGGAAUGGGACAGGGACAGGGACAGGGGGGAUUACUUGGAUGGGAGGGAUGGGAGGGAUGGGAGGGAUGGACAAGUGUGCCUGAGCGCACUUCUUUUUUUUUCUUACAUUUUUUCGUUUGUUGGACUUGGGAUUUAGAGGGUAGGGGAGAGUUGCGAUACCUUGGCCAUGGCGUUUUUUGGGUUGUUUGUUGCUUGCUUGCAGACGUGUUUCGUUUUGACAUCUCCUGUUGCUCACAGCCUAC